AUGCAAGUCUAUCUCGAUUCCGUAUCAGAAGUUGAGCAUGACAACGGUGUAGGUGCAAAUAUCGACUUGAUGUCCUCAAAAAUAAUGGAAACACGUUAUUACGAAGGAUGUGGACGCGAAGGUCCUAUCCGUUGCAUAUUUCUGGGGGAGUUUCACCCUGUCGCAGGACCCAAAAUAUCGUGUCAAUUUCCAGAGGACUAUGUUUCUAAAGAGCUGUUUGAUUCAAUAAGUGCUUACAUCAUUCCAAAACCUCAAAUACAGAAAUGUACAAUGACAAUAAAUGCACUGGGCCACAAAAUAAUUGGCUACCCCAUCAGGAUAGAUAAUUCCAGAUAUGAACGGAAUAUGUAUUUGUUCAACUUAUGUUUUGUCUGUGAUAGCUGGUCUAAAACUGUACAAUAUGAACCAGUUGUUAAAAAACUUGGUGAACAUUUGACAAUCAUGGAAGAGGAAACUCGCUUCGUGUCAAGUGGGUCAACGAAGCUGCCAACACUUCUCGCCCAUCUAUUGCAUGAUCUGAACACAUAUAGAAAAGCGACAUUAGUUGAGGGCGACACAGUGAUGCAUUUGAAAGUUCUAGAAGUCCGUAAAGACCCGGCCCCAGUGCACGACUUCGAUGUACCAGUGCUAGUUGCCUCAGUAGGGUUGCCCCGGCCUGGGAGGCCACCCCGGACAGUCCCACCAGAGGGCACAGAACAAAUACAAAGUCAAGAACACCUGGAUAUUGAGGAUGAAGAACCUUUCGAGGUCGAUAUGGAUGCAGAUUGGGAUCUGACUACACGACAGCUUCUCCCACACAUAAAUGGAUACAACCACGUUUCCAAAAUAGCAUCCGACACAAAUGUAGAGAAGACCCUCGUGAAGUCCUGCAUACAAAACUUAGUCUAUUAUGGAGUGGUGACAUUAAUACCAGUAUUGAAAUUCAGCAACAUGUAUCGCGCCACGCCAAAUCUUAGCAGACUGUUCAGUGAUCAUGAGAUGCAGAAAUCCUGCCUCGCAUUCAUAAAUAAUGGUUGUGAAGAUAAAGAAAAGCCGGUCCUGUCAGAUGUUCUAGGCGUGCUGUGCUCCCUGCAACAAGGUACGACGUUGCGCGCUGUGUGCGAGCGGUACUUCCCAUCUCCCGGAGUGCCCUUUGACGUGCGACGGCUGGUCGUCUUCGCACAAAUACAUGGCCUUAUUAAAUGUUUGAAAAGAUAUCCAGUAUAUAUCCGUAACCCAGUCAGGCCCAACGGUUUUAGCCCACGCGUGGACUCGAUGCUCGGCAUUCGUCGACUCUUCACAGGUAGAAAUAGUACUGACGAAAUAUGUUGUUUGGCCCGAGUAGACCUUACUACCCUCGAUCAGAUCAUCGAUGAUGACCCGAAUGUUGCCAUUAUAUGGCGA